AUGUGGGCAGGCGCAAACAUAUCCGCAACACCAGUUGCUGCUCCAAUGCCAUCUGGACACAACGCUCGACGUGUCGAUUGCAAGAAAAUUCACGUUUCUUGGCACAAGGCAGUCAAAAUUGUGUGGUUGAACUUUGACAGCGGAGAUGCAGCUCGCAAGGCUGGGCAGAUGUUCUCGAAAGGAGCGUACCAAGUGCUAGGUCAGAAAAUAACCGCAUCAAGAGCAGUAAUAGCUCAAACUAUACCUUUCAGGGGACACAGUGGCUGGACAGUCAGCUUGUCCGACGUUCCAGCGGCAGCGAAGGAGUGCGACAUUUUGGAAGCAAUCAGACAUGGCGGCAACAAGCCGUGCCGCAUGAAAAUGGGAGAACCGACCUACUAUACCGACGGUGAGCAGGACGCGGUGGCUAUACGUUCGCUGUUGACAAAUAUCGGGCCCCUCGAGUACUGGGAAGUUACAUUGGAGACGAAUGCCAGGCGAGUAAAGGCAACUGCCCGAUUUCUAGAUGAGUCCGAUGCUCAGAGAGCUGUAUCGGAGCUCGAUAACACGGCGCUUCCAUUUCAUCGCAAAGCACGUUUGACUGUGCAGAGCGUACACUCUGCAAAGUUCAAAGUCGGCUGCAAUACUUACAACGCUGUCCAGGCCAGAAUCCUUUCUCAGCAAAGACCCUGGAAAGAAAAGAACGUCAGCUUUAGGGCGUACCCCAGCACGGAUGCUCUACAACGCUUCAGAGUCCUCAAGCUUGAAGGGGAAGCGGCGGGAGAGGUUGCCCGCGCCAAGACGGACCUUGAAUCGAUACUCGAUGGUGUCGUUGCGAAGAAUGAUGAUGCUGUUCUCUGGGAUACAUCUCUCAAGGCCAAUGGCAAGCUGUACCAGGAGAUGAAACGCUUGGAGAGAGAGGUUGCAGUGGUCAUCAUACGGGACAAGGUCAAAUCCGAGCUGCGUCUCCUCGGAACGGAACGCCACUGUAAUGAAGCACAGGCCCGGCUGGUCAGACUACUGCACACACAAUCACUGCUAGAUUCUACCCGUACCAUUGAGCUGGGACCUGAAAAGUUCUUCUGGGCUUGUCAAGGGGGAUUCAGAAAGAUUGUUGCCGGACUCGGCCCUGGCAAGGCGUCGUUUGACAUCAUCUCUACGCCGAAACGAAUCAUCAUUUCUGGCUCAUGGGAAGAUUAUGAUCUUGCAGUGGCGGUCAUGGAAGGCACGAAACCUAUCACUAAGCCAGCUGCAUGGCUACAACCCGGCGCAACAGCUCAGGAAUGUUCUGUUUGCUGGACCGAAGCCGACACUCCUGUCAAGACGAAAUGCGGUCACUUUUACUGUUUGGAGUGUUUUGAGAGUAGCUGCACCGCAGCCAUGGAUGACAACGUUGCUAUCGUUUGCCACGGCGAGCAAGGCAAGUGCAAUGCCGUCAUAGGAGCUGAAGAUUUGCAGGAGCACCUCUCCUCGGCUGUGCUCGAGCAAGUAUUCGACGCGUCUUUUUCGUCUUAUGUGAAGCACAACUCAAACGAUUUACGUUACUGCCCUACCCCAGACUGCGGCUACAUUUACAGGGUUGCGCCCAACGCAAGACAACAUAGCUGCUCCAACUGUCUCCAGACCACGUGUACCGCUUGCCAUGAACCGCACACAGGCAUGUCGUGUGCAGAUUACCGCGAGUCGAAGUCGGGCAACCAUACGACGGCGCUCUUGGAGCUGAAGAAGAAGCUGGGCAUCAAGGAUUGUCCAAAGUGCACAACUUCGAUUGAAAAAAUUGUCGGUUGCAAUCACAUGACAUGCGCGGCCUGCUAG